ACUAAAGUGGGGCUAAACUUUUAGUCUCUAAUUUCCAAACACCCUCUUAAACAUUGUCCUAAACAACUUCCUUUACGAGCAAUGGAGGGAGUAUACCUCCCCUCUCGCCUAGCUAUAUAAUCAACCCCGACACCUUCACUGAAACACCUCCAUGGCUUUCCACCUUCGCUUCCUCCUCCUCCUUGCCCUCUAGCUACUAGCUCACACUGUCACAGUCACCACACAGCUACUAGAAGUAAGAUUUAGCUAGAUUAUUCAUUAAUCUGUACUAAUUGAUAUUGCUAAGCAGCUGCAGCAGCAGCAGCUGGUUGGGGGGAGGAAGAAGAAGGAGAGUGUUCGAUCGGCGGCGGCGGCGGCUCACCGGUCCGACAUGCGCAGGGGUUCACCGUGGUACGACUACUACUACUCCUCGUCGUCGUCGUCGUCGUCGUCCCCGGCGCGGAGCAAGCGCGCGCAGGCGCAGCUCGUCGUCGUCGUCUCCGCCGCCGGCAAGAAGCUACCCUGGCCCUCGCCGCGGCGUCGCGGGAGCCAUGUCGUCGCCGUUCCUGGGCUCUUCUUCCUCUUCCGCUUCGUCGCCCCUCUCUUACCUGACCCCGCCUAGGCCUCCUCCUCCUCCUCCUCCCCUUCUCAUGGGGCAGGGAUACGCCGCUGCUGCCAAUGGCGGAAUUGGCGGCGGCGGCGUCGAGGCGGUGAACGCGGCGGCGGCGCCGAGGCAGGGUGGCAGGCACGCCGGGCACCCGCCGCUGCCGAGGCCGCCGCCGAGGCAGUGCCCGCGGUGCGGCUCGGCGAACACCAAGUUCUGCUACUACAACAACUACAGCCGCACGCAGCCGCGGUACCUCUGCAAGGCGUGCCGCCGCCACUGGACGGAGGGCGGCACGCUCCGCGACGUCCCCGUCGGCGGCGGCCGCAAGAACAGCAAGCGCGCCGCCGGCGGAGGCAAGGCCGGCGCCACAGCCUCGACGGCGGCUUCUGCCCAUGUCGUCGCGCCGGCGGCGGCGCCGCCGACGUCGUCGUCGUUCCCCGAUCUCCUGAGGCAGAUGCUGAUGGCGCCGGCUACCGCCGGUGGCGGAGGCGGCUACAGCAUCGACCUGACCGCGUGGCAGCAAAUGGCGGCGUUCGCGGCUCCACCUCAGGCCGCCACCGGCGAUGUCGGCGGCGCGGUCGGAGCGGCGUCGACGGCGGCGCCGGACGCGAACUGCGGCGGCGGCGGCGUGCAGUACUGGAACGGGUGGCUGCAAGAUGACAUGCCCGGUCUAGAUGGUUCAUGUUAAGUAACCCGUGCUUGUAUUGAUACGUAUACGUAUACGGAGCUACGGAUAUAUAUACCGAAUACGUAUACGUAUAUAUAUGUGUGUGUAUAUGCAUGUAUAGCCUAUGUAUGCAUACAUGCAUACACAUGCGCUAUGAAAGUAUAUACGUAUGUCGUAUGCGCAUACUAAAUUAGCGUAACAAGAGCCUAUGACUGUACUAGUGUAGUUUGGAUUCAGGUUAUUAACUCGUGGGUAUAUGUUGACCUACUGUAGUUAAAUUUGUGUAUUUGUGCGACUCUGCCCAUUUCUAGUUUGUACGUGCA